AUGAGUAAAAAAGAUAACUUAAAUGGUAUUUAUAUUUAAUCUUCUAAUGAUUUGGAAUAAGAUGAUGAUUAAUUUUAACCAAAGGAUAAUGAAGAAAGAGAAGAAAUUAAAUAAGAAUUGAUAUAAGCAUAAACUAAUAGUUAAUUGUCAUCAAUUGAAUAAAUAGAAGAUAUUCCUGUACCUAGACUAACACUAUUUGUGUAUUGAUUAGAAUGAUUUGAAUAGUUCGCAUAUGUCAAUUGAUGAUGGCCAAAAUUAUUACAAAAAGCCAAUGUCAAUAGAAUCAAUAAGUCCUACUAAAUUAUCACCUUUAAAGAAAUAGGAAAAUUAAAUUGAAUAAAGUCUAUAAGAUUUAUUAUAAUAGGAUAUUUAAUUGAAAGAGGAAUAAUUCAAUCCAUAAAAGGAAUAAUAAGUUUAAACAAGAAGAAAAGUAAAUAAAACAAAUUAUAAUGUUGAUGAUUCUCCUGUAGAAUAAGAUGAAAUAAAACCUUGUCAUUGUUCAAAAACUCAUUGUUUAUAAUUAUAUUGUUCUUGUUUUCAUAAUAGACGUUAAUGUAUGAGUGAAUGUAAAUGUAAUGAUUGUUAUAAUGAUGGUAAACAUGAGGAUGAUGUUUUGAAGGCAGUGGAAUCAAUUAAAUUAAAAGAAUAGAGAGCCUCUCAUCAUGAUUUAGAUUCAUUUGAUACAAAAUAAGUAUGGGGUUGUAAAUGUAAAAAAACAAAAUGUGUAAAAGGUUAUUGUGAAUGUUUUAUAAGAGGAAAAAAAUGUACAUCACAUUGUUAAUGUACAGAAUGUGAAAAUAGAAGAUAACCUAAAAAGAAAUAACAAAAGUAAUAAAACACUUAGAUUAAUAAAAAAAUAAAGAAAAAAACUUAAAUAUGA